GCUUGGACGCAGUGUGGUCUCGGAGCGCGGAGCCCGUCCGGUCCUGUCAAACGACGUCCUAUCCGGGGUUUGCGAGUGGCGGAGUUGAUUGACAGGGGCGCCCGCGAGGCUUCCCCACCCGCGCCGGCGUCCCGAGCGGCCAUUCCGCGCGCGAACGACAGGGCGGCGCUCGGGAGCGCGGGGAACCGAGGCGCGGUGGUUCUGAGCGGUUAUUCCGCGGCCCCCGCGGGCCUGAGCGGACGACGCCCUCCCGCCCCGCUCCCAGGUGGGCCCCGGUGCGGCGCCGAGAGCGUCAGCGUCUCCUCUGGGCACCGAGGGGUGCGGCUCGGACCGACGGGCCGUCCGCCCUCCCAGCGGACGAGAGGACAGAGCGAAGGCCUCGCGGAGCAGGACCCGGACCCGCGGGAACGCGGGAGACGCGUCGGCUCGACGCAGGAAACGCCCGGCCCCGGUCCCGGGGCCCCCGCCUUCACCCCGGCCGCGGAGAAAACCGGGAGAGCGGCCGUCCGCGGGGCCGGGGAGCGGCUCCCGCCUGCGCACUCGCGGGGCUGCGGGUCCGGCUCGGCGCGGUCGGCGGUGCGGCUCCCUGCGGCCCUCAUGGCGGCCCCCGGGGCCCCGCGGGGCUUGGUUCUGAAAGAUGUAGUGGCUUAUGUGGAAGUGUGGUCAGCCAAUGGAACAGAAAAUUAUUCAAAGACAUUUACAAACCAACUUGUGGAGAUGGGGGCAAAGGUCUCAAAAACUUUUAACAAGCAAGUAACUCACGUUGUGUUCAAAGACGGAUACCCACGCACCUGGGACAAAGCCCGAGAGAGAGGCGUCAAGCUCGUCUCUGUGCUCUGGGUCGAAAAGUGCAGGACGGCCGGGGCGCACAUCGAUGAGGCCCUGUUUCCUGCGGCGAACACCCACGAACACCUGCCCUGCCUCAUUAAAAAAAAACAUAGGUGUAUGCAGCCCAAAGAUUUUACUCCUAAAACACCAGAAAAUGAUAAGAGACUUCAAAAGAAAUUUGAGAAAAUGGCUAAUGAGCUACAAAAGCAAAAAACAACAUUAGAUAACGACGUCCCUGUCCUCUUGUUUGAAUCCAAUGGUGCCUUGAUGUACAGCCCCACAGCGACCGCGUACAGAGGUCGUCACCGCGCCAUGGAGCAGAGGCUGCAGGAGAUGAAGGAGAAGCGGGCAAACCUCUCCCCUACCUCUUCCCAGAUGAUGGAAAAGUCUUUCGAUAACCCAGCUCACGCCUCCUGUGAAGCUUCUUUGAAUAUCUCACAUGACACUUUGUGUUCAGAGGACUCCUGGGCUGGCGGCCUGCAGUCAUCUUUUGACGAUCCUUGUGGAGACUCGGGGCAUGGGGAUCAGGAGAGGAAAUCGGGAGGACCCGCUGACGACACUAGAAGCCCCCUGUGUGCUUCGUCACCGGCAUUGGAAACGAGCAGCGUUCGCGCACCUGCGUCUCCCAGGUACCUCGGCCGGCUCGCACCUCAGAUGCCUGAGCGCCAUCGUGCGGAGGAGGACGCGGGUUGGCAGACGGACCCUGCAGGCGUGGCGGCCACCCCUGACCAGCAGCCUUCGGUAACUAAAGGCCACCAUCUGGGACACGUAGCCAGGAGCUCCUCCGCGAAGAGAAAGCGCCCGUUGGAGCACGCCCACGCGCCCCCGGAGGGGAGGCCGAAGAAGCCCAAGUGCGGCCGGAAGUCUGCUGUGCGGCUGUUCUCCUCCCCCAGGGGCCAGGCCCCGGCCAGCCCGGCCUUGGGGACUCCUCCUGGGGGCACGUCCUCCUAUGAGGAUUACUUCUCACCAGACAACCUCUGGGAGAGGAGCCUGGGGACUCUCCCUCCAGGGCUGCAGUCGCCUCCUGGCCCCGCCCACCCCCCCUGCAGAGCCGGGCUCUCCAGGCGGGAGCGAGCCAGCAUCCUGGGCAUGUCCGACUUCUCCUGCCUGGGCAAGGACCCCAGCUUGGUCCCCGCUGCCAGUGCCACUGCCCAGGCCAGCCCGGGGCUUCAUGCACCUGCAAGUGGGGGGUCCCACGCACCUGUCCCGAGGAACAUGCCUGCUGCCGAGGCCGCUCCGGGGCGCGGCCCCCCUGAGGAUGCUCAGAGAGGAGACGGGAGCCCUGAGGGACACCACGGGGCCGGCACCCCCGGCGGCAAGGAGAGCGGGGACCCGGCGGAUGUGAGGCACCCGCGGGAAGAGGACGCCACCUCUGGACGGUUGAGUUCCCCUGCAGGUGUCAGGCCUGGACCGGCGAGGCAGGAUGUCCCGGAAGGCGCCCAGGAAGGCCGUGAGGACCUCGCCAGACCCGCGGCCACGAAGAAGAGAGCGAGAGGCCCCAAGCCAGUGAGAACGUUGGUCAUGACCAGCAUGCCCGCUGACAAGCAGAGCAUCGUCACCCGGGUGGUGGCCAAACUGAGAGGCUUCUCGUUGGCCCGAGAAGUGUGUGAGAGCACCACCCACGUGCUGGCCGGGCAGGCGCUGCGCACCCUCAACGUGCUGCUGGGCCUGGCCCGCGGCUGCUGGAUCCUCUCCUACGAGUGGGUCCUGUGGUCUUUGGAGCUGGGUCACUGGAUCUCUGAGGAGCCCUUCGAGCUCUCCGACUCCUUUCCUGCCGCUCCGCUCUGCCGCCAGGAGCGCCACCUGUCCGCGGGACAGUACCAGGGGACGCUGUUCGCCGAUCAGCCCACGAUGUUCAUCUCACCAGCCAGCGACCCCCCCAGAGCCAAGCUGUGGGAGCUGGUCCUCCUGUGUGGGGGUCGGGUCACCGGGGUCCCUCGCCAGGCCAGCCUCUUCAUCGGGCCCUGCCAGGGGAGGAGGAAGGAGACCGUCACGUACCUGUCGGAGAAGUGGAUCCUUGACUCGGUGACCCAGCACACGGUCUGCGCCUGCGAGGACUACCUGCUGCGGCAGUGAGGCCGCCCGCACCUGAGGCGGCUCCGUCCGGUCCGGCGCUCCCGGAGACGGAGGCCGUGGGAGGAGCCCCCAGAGGGCCGUCCCGCCGCCGCCCGCGUCCUCCUGUGGCCCCGCGUCCCAGAGGCCGGGCUGCCCGGCACCUGUGUCUGGCAGUGGCCGUGAUCAGAGCUCCAGACCGUGGUCUCUCGCCUGGUAAAUAAAGAGUGCGAUCGGUUCAUGGUCUCGUUGCAGAGAAUGGUCUCGCCCUCAGUUCCAUCAGACACUGGGUCUCUCUAGCCCCCGUCACCAGAGAUGGCCACGCUGUCCCUGGGUCGUGAGGUGCUGGUUGUGCAGCAAGACUCGCAGCGGUUAGGUUAGCGGCACAGGGCCCUGAGCGCCAGGGCCGGAGCAGGGGCGGGUCCACCACGCUGGCCUCAGGCUUGCUGUCCCCGGAGGGAACUGGCCGGCCGCCCGGUCGCCUCCUGAGGGGCAGCGCUGCCCAGUCCCCGAGCGAGCGGGAGGGGCGGCUGCUCACGUAGCUGUGACCCCCCCAGGAUUCAAGUCCCUCGGCGUGGCAACAGAUCAACUGCUGGGCUACACCUUCGAGAGUCGAGGUCAUGACAGCAUGGAAGUGAGGAGGGCUUUCUCUUGGAUUCAAAACCGUGUCCAACACACGCAGUCCCCUCAUGGCGCCCAGGCCCCUCACCACGGGGCCGCAGGGAGACUCCCGAGAGCCGCCGGGUUCACGGUGCCCCCGGCCCGGCCCUGGAAGCGCCUUUAGCCUCCUGUCCUGCUGGUAGUGCCGCAGGCGAGCCUCACCCCUCACCAGGCUGCAGGGCUGGGGGCCUGGUCUCUACGGUUCCCACCGGUGCCGGCUUUCACCAUCGCUCCUCACAUCCCACCCAGAGAAGAAGACAUGAGAGAACGCAGAUUAGAAAUGAAGGGUAAGACUGUUCUCAGGUCACAUGACACUAUAUGUAAAUAUAUAAGGAGUCAAAGAAAACAUAGUCUUUAAGGAGAUUACAGGACAUAAA